UUGACACUUGAGGAGGUUAAUCAUAGAAAUUAUGCAUUGUUUUGUUUGCAUCAAAAUAACUACAUCAAAAACAAAUAGGAAAAGGAAAUGAACUGAAUAUCAAAUUAUUAUUUGGAUUUUUCGAGUUCUAAAUUUCUCAUUCGAUUGUUAGUGUGAAUUUUAUCAGUAUCCUAGAUAAAAACAAAAGUAGCUGUCAUUUGAACAGAACUCAAGUUCAUUUCCCCAAAAAUGUGGAGCAAAUUUAAAAAGCGUAGGAGUAUCAAUUCCCUUUUCACAUUGUAUGAGUUUUGAUAUUAUCGUAAGGAAUAUCGGUUCCUAUUGUACAGAUGAUACCUUAAAGUAUUUACCACCAAGAAUUAAGGAUGAACUAAUAAAAAGCUUGACCAAAAGUUAUGCUUUCUGGGCACAAAGCGAUUUCAAACAUAUUCUUAGAUUAUUAAUUCACCCUAAACUUGAAAUGAUUGACCUCACAUCUGCCGAUGUAGAUGAUGAUGUAUUACAAAUCCUGAGCACUUGUAAAGGAUUACAGAGGAUAUAUCUAACUAAUGACGGUACCCAUCAUAUAAGUAAACAAGAAUUACUUAACUUCCUAAAAAGUCAAAACCAAUUGCAGCGGUUACAAUUACGUAAUUGUGAUAUUGUUGAUGAUUCAGUAUUAGAAUGUAUUUCUGAAAAUUGUCAAAAAAUUGAUUCACUUGACGUUAAAGGUUGUAGAGAAAUAACAGAUGAGGGACUAAACUUUCUCUGCUCCUUAAAAUGCUUGCAGGGUGUGACCCUUUCUAAAACUAAGAUAACCAAUGAUGGUUUGAUAAAUUUCAUCAAAGGACCUAAUGGACGUAGGUUGAAAGAACUUGUAUUGGACAAUUGUCUCCAUAUAAAUAUUAUUGGUUUGCGGGAAGUUCCAAGAUAUUGUCCCGAUUUGGAAAUAUUUGUUUUUUAUAACUGUAGUUGUUCAGAAGAUAUGGCAAUGCUGUAUCUAGAACAGAGCAACUUAAAGAACUUGAAACAAUUAACAUGGACCGUAUCUUGGUAAAUUCAUUUUAUUCCUAGUACAUGCAUUAUACAAAAAAAAAUGUGUUUUCACUAUUUAUACAUAACAAAUAUAUAUUUUUUUAACUCAAAUUAUCGUUCUUCAGAAUUUAAAAUAUUUUUUAAUCUUGACUAUAUUAAGAAAACUGUAUGAAAAAAAUAUCAAAUAAUAUAUUCUACUUAAUUAUG